AUGGGGAGGGCGGGCCCUAGAGCGCCGCUCCUCCCCAAAACUAGGAUUUGGAGCCUCACGUUCUCCCAGAAAAAACCUGUGGUUGCCAGGCCAGGGGCGGCGCCCAGGUGCGGAGGGGGCAAGGUACGGGCGUCUGCCGUCGCUAAGUGCCCCCUUCCACUUGAGGCACACCUUCGCCUCCGAUCCCGAACCGCCCGGGGACAGAGGCAAGUGGCAAAGCGGGGAGGGCGAAGGACUCCGCCGCCGCUCAGGAUGCCUGAGGGCCCGGAGCUGCACUUGGCCAGCCAGUUUGUGAACGAGGCCUGCGGGGCGCUGGUGUUCGGCGGCUGCGUGGAGAAGUCCUCUGUCAGCCGCAACCCCGAGGUGCCCUUUGAGAGCAGUGCUUACCGCAUCUCAGCUUUAGCCCGCGGCAAGGAGCUGCGCCUGAUACUGAGCCCUCUGCCUGGGGCCCAGCCACCCCAGGAGCCCCUGGCCCUGGUCUUUCGCUUUGGCAUGUCCGGCUCUUUUCAGCUGGUGCCCUGCGAGGAGCUGCCACGCCAUGCCCACCUGCGCUUUUACACGGCCCCGCCUGGCCCCCGGCUCGCCCUGUGUUUCGUGGACGUCCGCCGGUUCGGCCACUGGGACCUUGGGGGCAAGUGGCAGCCAGGCCGCGGGCCCUGUGUCUUGCAGCAGUACGAGCAGUUCAGGGAGAAUGUGCUACGAAACCUAGCAGACAAGGCCUUUGACCGGCCCAUCUGCGAGGCCCUCCUGGACCAGAGGUUCUUCAAUGGCAUUGGCAACUAUCUGCGGGCAGAGAUCCUGUACCGGCUGAAGAUCCCACCCUUUGAGAAGGCCCGCUCGGUCCUGGAGGCCCUGCAGCAGCGCAGGCCGAGCCCAAAGCUGACCCUCAGCCAGAAGAUCAAGGCCAAGCUGCAGAAUCCGGACCUGCUGGAGCUAUGCCACUCAGUGCCCAAGGAAGUGGUCCAGUUGGGGGGCAAAGGCUACGGGUCAGAGAGCGGGGAGGAGGACUUUGCCGCCUUUCGAGCCUGGCUGCGCUGCUAUGGCAUGCCAGGCAUGAGCUCCCUGCAGGACCGGCAUGGCCGUACCAUCUGGUUCCAGGGGGAUCCUGGACCCUUGGCACCCAAAGGGCGCAAAUCCCACAAAAAGAAAUCCAAGGCCACACAGCUGAGUCCUGAGGACACAGUGGAGGACCCUUCGCGUCCAAGCAAGGCCCUUUCCAGGACACGAAGGGCAAAGAGAGACCUUCCUGAGAGGACGGCAACUCAGCGGCCUGAGGGGACCAGCCUCCAGCAGGACCCAGAAGUUCCCACAGUGCCCAAGAAGGGGAGGAGAAGCGGGAGACAGGCAGCUUCUGGCCACCGCAGACCCCGGAAGGUCAAGGCUGACACCCCAUCCUUGGAACCGGAGGGGACCUCAGCCUCUUAGCAGCAGGAGGGUCUCCUUGCUGCACUCACCCUUUCUUGUCUUGCCCUGAAUCUGGGGGUCUGAAUUCUUGGGAGCAGGCAAUAUCUGAAGGUGCAAACAGGCCCUACAGCUGUUGCCUGCACAACUCUCAUGUUUUUAAUUGUACCCCACCUUCCACAUCUUUAAAGCUCAUGUGAAAAAUGCUGCAUUUUGGCCGGGCGCGGUGGCUCAAGCCUGUAAUCCCAGCACUUUGGGAGGCCGAGACGGGCGGAUCAUGAGGUCAGGAGAUCGAGACCAUCCUGGCUAACACGGUGAAACCCCGUCUCUACUAA